AUGGGAACGGUAGGCAACAAUGGGAGGAAUAAGCUCGAAGGGAGGGCCGGUGCCGAGGAGGGCCAACAUCUUCACCAGGAACAGAAACGUUCCAAACAGCGACAAUCUGCCCCUAUUGCCCAGCGAUGUCAGAAGAAGAAAAAGCAGCCGGCGCACUCGGGCCUGGAGGACCACAACCAGCACGUCGCGGACCCGCUCGCGCACUUCCUCGCCAUCCCCUGGGCGGCCAGGCUGCUCACGGGCCCGGCGACCUUCGGCAUCGUGGUACCGGACCGGCGCCCGCUGGCCUCGGGCGACAAGCGGCUCGUGAGGAGCGUCCUGAACGGCGCGGGCACGGUGCGGGCCUGCGUGACGUUCUUUAUGAAGCUGCCGGCGCACGGAGAAGAAAAGGGAAACGACGAAUCGUUGCUACCAUUGUCCAGGAGCACUGCGCUCCUGCGGAGCGGGGGCCCCCGGGACGGCGAGGACCCCGAGAGACCGUUCCUGCUAUUCAAUGCGCUCCUGGAUCUGGGCGAGGACCUGUGCGGGUACAAGGGCAUGAUGCAUGGCGGUGCGCUGGCGGUAAUUCUGGACGAGACAAUGUGCGCCGCGGCGGAUAAUCAGACAGGUUGUGCAUUCACGGCGACGAUGUCAAUCAGCUUCCUGAGGCCUGUCAAGCUGCCAGGCCCUGUGAUCGUCAGAUCGAGGGUCGUCAAGAAGCAGGGGCGCAAGAUCCAUGUGAGGGGGGCGAUUGAAGACGGUGAAGGUCAGUUGUAG